UUUUUUUUUUUUUUUUUUUUUUUUUCGAUUAUCUUUUUUUUUUUUUUUUUCCUUCUUCCUUUUUCCUUGUCUUUAUACAAUAUCAAAUAUUCUCAUCCUGAUAAUGGCUCCCACAAAGAAAGUUUUCAAUAUUCCAACUGCUGCUCUUCACCCUUCUUCAACCACUACUACUUGUUCUGUUCCUGGUGCCUGCAAUCGAGUGAAUCAUUCUAAACAAGACGGUUUUGAUUUGAAGGCACUCAUAGAAUCCAUUCAUAAAGUGCUAGGAGAUGAUAAAGGCUUGGAUUCGGAGAGUAUCGAUGCUCAACAGAUUAUUCAGUUGAUGGAAAAGUACAGCUCCAAUUCUGAAGAUUGGAGUCAAUAUACACUCUUUGAUCAUUCUCGAGCUUAUACUCGUAAUCUGAUUGACGAUGGAAAUGGAAAGUUUAAUUUGAUGAUUUUGGCUUGGAGUAAAGGUCAACAAAGUCCAAUUCAUGAUCAUGCAGGUUCACAUUGUGUCAUGAAGAUACUUGACGGAGAAUUACAAGAAACUUUGUUCAACUGGCCUGAAGAAGCUACUGCUGCUACUGCUGCUUCUGCUGCUGUUCAUGAGGCGAGUGUCGCUUCUACUGCCAUUGCUGUUACCGCUAAUGAUAUUACUGAAGCUGUUCAUUCGACUUGUCAUCCUGCUGAUGAUAAGGAUGUUUUCGUCGAUAAGAAGCAGGCUUUGAAAGUGUUUAAGAAUACGAUAUACAAGCCUAAUCAAGUAACCUAUGUGCAUGAUAAAAUCGGUCUACAUCGUAUCUCUAAUCCCAACCCUGAGAGAGGAGCCGUCUCUCUCCAUCUCUACACACCACCCUAUAAAGUCUGCAAGACCUUUGAAGAGACCACGGGUAAAGCAAGGAGCAGUGGCAUUUGUACCUUUUAUUCUAUUGGAGGAAGCCGUAUCUAGAAGAAAAACUUUUAUCCAUUUUUCGUACUACUGCAGUCAUUCCAUAUAACAUCCUAUUUGCAUUUUUGUCAUCCAUAAAGAAAAUAAAGCUCCAGUAGAGUAUAUAUAAAAAAAAAAAAAGUAAAAGCAGGAAAGUGAUAAAAAAGAAGACAAGAUGAAGCAAAGGGAAAGGGAAAGGGAAACGGUUU